UAAACCAUAACCCCACAUGCCACAAGCCCACAACCCAGGAUCCAUCAAUUGACCCGAACCAAAUUGUCAACUCACAAGUCUUCUUUACUUGAGUUUCAUCUCCUCCAUUCUUCCUUCACUGUCUUCUCUCUCUCUGGUUUUUGCGCAGAAUGAAAACCAGAAUGAACCCAACCCUAGGGUUUUUGGCUCUUCUUUUUAUUUCUUCGAUCUGUGAAGCUGCGAUCUUCCAUCCAAUUGCGGAGUCUCACCGAUCUGCAGCUCGUCAGAUUUUCAAGCCAGUCGAUGGAUCCUUUAAAAGUCUUGAAGACGCUUAUGAAGCUUUGAGAACCUUUGAGAUCCUUGGAAUUGGGAAAGAUCUUGAUAUAAGUACCUCAACAUGCACCUUGAUUACGGAGACCUUCAAGGAUUCAUCUGCUAGCUUGAAGGAUAUCAAUUUUGCAUUGAAAUCAAAUCGAGCUCUAAAGUGCAAGGUUGAUGAAGAGAAUUUUAAGGCUGUCAGCUCAACAUUACAAGCUGCCAUCACUAAAGCAAACUCAUUGCUUGACUUCUACUACUCUGUUGGAAGCUUGCUACUUCUUAAGGAUCAGGCUGCUCAUUUGGAUGUUCAGCUCGAUAAUGCUGAUCAACUUUUACGUUCAGUCAAGGCUCUGGGUCAAAGUGAUGGACGAUGGCGAUAUAGUUCGAGCAAACCUGACUCCAGUACUCGUGCUGCCGGAAUGGCAUUUGAAACUCUUGCCGGACUUGUGUCAUUAGCCUCAGCUGAUGUUGAUCAAUCAUUGAUUGGAACUCUGAAGAAUGAUAUAUUGAAACUUUUUGAUAGCAUUGAAAAGUACGAUGACGGGGCCAUGUUCUUUGAUGAGAAAGUUGUUGAUGCAUUGGAAUACCAAGGACCAAUUUCAACUACAUCAUCAGUUGUCCGAGGGCUCGUGGCAUUUGCAGAUGUAACAUCUGGGAAAUUAGCUAUUUCAGGAGACAAAAUAUUGGGUUUGGCAAAAUAUUUUCUCGCCAUUGGGGUGCCUGGAAAUCCUCAUGACUUCUUUGAUCAGAUUGAUGCAUUAGCUUUGCUGGAAAGCAACAGGGUCUCAAUCCCAUUAAUUUUGUCUCUCCCUGCUACUGUGCUUUCCUUUUCCAAGAGUGACAAGCUCAAGGUUAAGGUGAGCACUGUACUUGGGUCGGGCGCACCUCCUGUGACAGUGAAAAUCGUGCAAGCUGCCAGUCUUGAUUCAAAAAAUGCUCCUAUAAUUGAGAAUCAGGAUCUCAAGUAUGAUGUAGAUGGUGGUUUUCAUGUCAUGGAUGCUUUGCCAAAGGACGCUGAUAUAGGGAAAUAUGAAUUUGUUUUCAAGAUUACUCUCAAUGAUCCAAGUCAGAGUGAUGUAUAUGCAACAGGAGGCCGAACAUGGGUUAAAAUAUAUUUCACAGCAGAAAUUAAAGUUGCAAAUGCUGAGAUAUCAGUCCUUGACAGUGAUCAUGGCAAUGUGGAAUCUCAGAAGAAGUUAGAUUUAUCUGCAGACAGUUCCAUUUCUUUGUCAGCAAAUCAUCUUCAGAAGUUGCGACUCUCCUUCCAGCUAGCGUCUCCUCUGGGAAAUGCGUUUAAGCCCCACCAGGCAUUGCUGAAGCUGAGACACGAGUCUAAUGUGGAACAUGUAUUUGUGGUUGGGAACUCAGGGAAAAAGUUUGAAAUAACAUUGGAUUUCCUUGGACUAGUGGACAAAUUCUACUACCUUUCAGGCAAAUACGACCUUCAACUAACAGUUGGAGAUGCCGUCAUGGAAAACUCAUUCUUACGGUCCUUGGGUCAUAUCGACUUAGAUCUUCCUGAAGCACCCGAGAAGGCAACUCGUCCACCUCUUCAGCCGAUUGACCCUCUCUCGAGGUUUGGACCUAAAGCAGAAAUAACACACAUAUUCAGAUCCCCAGAAAAGCGUCCACCUAAGGAACUAUCUCUUGCUUUCUUGGGCCUUACCUUUGUUCCACUUGUAGGAUUUUUCUUUGGGCUGCUUCGUCUUGGGGUCAACUUUAAGAGCUUCCCAACAUCAACAGUACCUGCUGCGUUUGCUGCACUAUUUCAUGUUGGCAUUGCAGCUGUUCUUUGCCUCUAUGCACUUUUCUGGCUGAAGUUGAACCUCUUUACAACAUUGAAGUUCUUGAGCUUCUUGGGAGUCUUCUUGGUAUUCGUUGGUCACAGAACUCUUUCUCACCUUGCCUCGACAUCAGCCAAAUCGAAAGCUGCCUAACAAGGAGCAGGAAUGUUGUCUUGCUAUGUUUUUGGAGAAUGCUUCAUCAUUGAGGAAUCCCCUUUGAGAGUAGUUGUGACGAAAGUCCGUAGACAUUUUGACUCAAUUUUGUAGAUUUUUUUCGCUUGGGAAAGUGCCAGCCAUAGUGUAGUUCUCUAAAAAGUGUAUACAUGUAUUCACAACUUUAUUUUAAUAGCAUUUUCUCUUUCAUGAAGAA